AUGAGAAAGGCGAUUUGGAAGCUUGGGGUUGUGGUUCUUUUCGCGAUGGGUUUGGAUUUUGGGAGAACUGCGAUUUUAGGGGAGGAAGAACUCAAAGUCGCGCACGUUGGAGUGAAAUUGAAACACAUUGAAAAUCAUCAGGCUAUAGAUAUUAAUCAAAAGAUUGGAUAUGGCUCGAGGGUUUCGAUGGGUGAAGAGCCAGGGAUAGACAAAGGAGUGGGGAACACGAUUGGUGUUGGGAGUUCCAAAGAGAAAGUCUUAGAUGAAGAAGUGGAUCAGAAGCAAAAAGAUAACGCUGGAUGCGAGAUUGUAAGGGUGAGGAAUGGGUUAUCACCAUACAAAACUUUCAUAAACCGUCGUUGGAACUUUGGGAAAGGUUGUAAAAAAUCAGGAUCAAGAAAAACUCCCAAAGAAAGUCGUUGGAAAUUAUUUAUUCAAAAGAAAUUAAAAGCUAUGAAGAUGAGCUUAGUCAACUUAUUAAUCAGAUUUGCGGCCUGGUUAGGACUUCCUUUAUCUAAAUUUGCAAAGUUCACUUUUAAGACUUUAAGUAGACCUCGUUAG